AUGGCUGGCAUUGCCGAGUUAUUAUCUGCUGUGUCCCCUUUCCUCGCACAAGGGUUUAAUCUUGCUCAGCAAGGUGCAAGACCAGCAGACGCAUCGACAUCCAGACCUGCAUUGAUUCCAGCUGCACUUUCACCAGCAACCUCGAGAGCCUUCGUCGCGCCGGCCGUAGCAACAGUAGCUGGUUCUAGCCCUAAUGGUGCACCGUUACCUGCUGUGCAGAACCAACCUCCGCAAGUCAUCGUUGAAACAAACUACAUCAUCUAUACGACGGUAAAGACACUUCCGCCCGCCAUCGUAACUGUCACACAAACACAACAACCUCCGCCUCCUCCUCCUCCUCCUCCAGUACCACCGCCGCCCCCAAAAGAGCCACCAUCACCUCCUCGACCUCCUAAUGCAGUCCCUCUUGCCGCCAAUCCCGAUUCAAUAGCAGCGCCUAUUCUUUUGUCACAGUCCUCAGUAACUCCAAAGACAACUCCUCAGCUCGCAGCUGCAUCACCAGUACCUCAACCUCCUCCGGCGCUUGGACUUGUCCCUCCUCCUGCUCAAGAGUCAUCCUCGCCUCCAGCGACUACCCUAAUAAACCAAACCCCCCCACCUCCGGUGCUCGCUCCCGUCAUGAGCAGCCCUGGUUCAGGAAGAGGUGGAGGGCCGCCGCCGAAUCCGCAGGCUCAGGCUGGCCCGCCUUCUGGAGGUCCUCCAAUGGGACCUCCUGAUCCAGCCAACGGAGCUUUCCCGGGUGGCGUACCAACAAAGAAUCUUGACCUCCCUGUCACAAUCAUGUUCAUGCUUCUGUUCAUGCUAGGGGCAUAUGUCCAUAUCAGCAUCUACAGAGCUAACGCGAAGCGAGGACAUAAGUUUUUGAUCUCGGAUAUCAUUUUCGAUUUUUGUAUGCUCCGGACUGUGACCUGUAUUUUUCGAAUUACAUGGUCAAUUGUCACAACACGUGGUGUCAUUCUUGUGGCGCUGAUCACCGAGAACGGCGGUGCUGCGCUGCUCUUUGCAGUAAACAUCUUUUUUGCCCAGCGCCUGCUCCGUUCCAUACACCCAAAAGCGGGAUGGUGUACUGCAGCUAGCCAGACGUUCCUACUGUUGCUAUUUUCUGUCCCAGUCUUCAUCCUAUUCAAUGGCGUCAACUUGAUCAUCAGCUUCUUUAGCGUUGGCAAUCUUGAUCGGCUUGAAGCGACAGAUGAUCUGAUCAAGUUCGGGUCUGGAUACAACAUGUUCCUUGCCGCCUUUCCGGUGAUUGUGGUAGCAGGAUGUCUUUGUAUCCCGGGACCCGAACCGGAAAAGUUUGGUACAGGAUCGAUGCGUGUCAAGGUCGCAUUGCUUUUCUUUGGCUCAUUUCUCCUGAUGGCUGGACAUGCCAUUCGUGUUUAUGCUUUGGUUAACAAGGAGCCGCCUGGAACGGACAGUGUCAUCUAUGGCAAGGCGGUCUUCUACACGACGGGCUUCUUAUUCGAGCUGCUUGUUGUGGCUGUAUAUGCAUUCGGCAGAGUUGACCUACGAUUUCAUGUUCCGAACGGUGCCAGUGGACCAGGAGACUAUUCCGGCGACAGAGACAAGGGCAACUACUCUGUUGAAGAGAUCGAGCGCCUCAUCGAUGAUCUUGAUGUUCCACAUCAAAUCAUGCGCGAGAGGAAGGGCCCGGAAGACAUGGAGAUGGUGUUCGCAAUUUUCUUUGCAGCCAAGAAGGAGGAGGACGAGAAGAAGGACCUUAAAGACGGCUCUUCGGAUGAUGCCACCGUGGUGGCUGGCGGCGACUCGGAGAAUGGGUCACGUCCAGGACAGACGCCUCUCCCGGAGAGACCCAGGAGAAUCACUAGGCGGCAAACACUCAUCGACGCCUUCCGACCACCGCCUCCACGUCCUGAGCGUGAGCCCACGAUGUAUCCGGACAUUACGGACUUCUAUGUUCAGAUGGAUGACGGGAGGACUCCCCGACGCCCUAUGAGGCCGUCCAUGUACUCUUCAAUGGAGACGGGCCAGGGGUAUAACAACUCCCGGCCGGAUCAGCGAGUCCAGCAGUACUGGGGUGCCUCGCCUCCGUAUGGAAACGAGAAGGAGGCGAUGAAAAAUGUAGACUUGAGAUGA